UUUAGUGGGUAAUGAUAUCGUCGAACCGGACGCCGUCGGACAUCUCUUGAAGUCUCCAUUUAUCGAAAGUCUUCUGACGGGCAUUGACGUUCAAGAGCACGUUUUUGACCACAUUUUUGAUCGUCUAAGCAUCCAUUCAGCCUCCGUCGACCACCCCUUAAUCGUCAACGAAAUUCUAUGUAAUCCCAAGCUCUGUCGUUCACGUACGUCAUACUACUCUCAAUCUUAAUUUUUUUUAGAGUUAACUGAAUUACUCUUUGAAACAUACGGUAUCAAGAAGCUUGGCUACUAUGUGGAUGCGCUGGCAUCGUACCACGAGAAUUGCAGCAGGGAAGGUAUCACAGAUAAUGGAUCCUCUCCUUUUGAUUGCCUAUUGAUUUCGUUUGGACACCAAAGUAGCCAUCUGAUUCCCGUCUCAUCAACGGCCUCUGGGCAUCCAGUAUGCUUCCAACCCGUACUCCCGGCUGCUCGUCGUUUGAAUGUUGGUGGUGCUCACGUCAGUUGGCUGGUACAGCGCUUUUUGCAGCUCAAGUACCCGUGCCACACAGAACGUAUCACAUUCGGACUGGCCGAGCACCUUGUGCACAAUUUCGGAAAGGUACUGACCAACUAUCGUGAGGAGAUGACUCAAUGGCGUGAUCCAACGUUCCGCGCCGACCAUACAUUGAAGAUCCAGCUCCCGUUCGUUCAGUCCACCAUGGAAGAAUUCAACGCCGCUGUAGAUCGGAAACGUGCUCAAAGCAUUCGCAUGCAGGAUCUACAUAGACGACGGCAUUUGGAUCAAGUCGAUGCGGCACGUGUUCGUCUGAAUCGUCUAUUGGCUCUACAAGACUUGAUACAGCAACAGACAUCACCCGAAGGAGAUUCAGCAUCCAAUCUCACGACCGCUGUUAAACGCGGUUUGGCUCGCAUGGGACUCACUGAUUACGCGAAGCUGAAUAGCGAAAUUGAAUCUCUCCAAGCGAACAUUUUCCGUCUCGAACAGCAAAUCGCCAAUGUUGUCGCUCCUACUCAACCAACAUCUACCGAUACUCAGGACUCCAGUCCCUCUGAUCAAAAAACUGUUGCAGCAAACUUUUCUUCAAUCGUACAACUCUUCGAGAACUCAGACGGUAAACCUCUCAUAUCCGAGCUUUCGGGUCAUCUCAAACGCGCCACUGAACUCCUACAAUCGUUAAGUCUGCCUGCAGCUGUUCAGGCUCAAAUGACCGUCGCUCCUGCUCCGACCGACUCCAAGCUUAGUGAGAACAGAUUAAAACAGGCCUGGCUUAUUUCUAUCCGACAUCGCCGCCAGAAGGUGGCAAAGAAACGUACUUCGCGUCAAAGCCGUAUUGACCUUGCCACUGAAAUCGGAUUGCACGGCACCUUUAAUGGUACUGGUGGACCCGAAUCAUCCAACGGCACUGGUCAACUAAAGCUCUCGGGGAUGUCUGGAGAUUUUGACAGACCAGAUGCUUCCAAAGAAACACGGACGGGGCGUCGUCGGUUACAAUUAGAAAAGAUUCGUGCUAAUGGCCGCCGGCUCAAACCAACUAGAGGACGAGGUGGAAAGUCUGCCUCGUCGGGCAAGUCUAAGACUCGUGGUCAGUCUCGUGGUAGGCCAGUUCGUGGAGGGGUCACCAGAGGACGCGGUGCCAAAACAGCCACGAAGCGAAGCCGAAGCACCCGUGAAGAGCCAGGAGCAGCAUUCAUCGACCGACCUAUGGAUAAGGAGCCAGGAACCAUCGAUUCAGCGGCCGAUGAGAUAACAGACUCUUGGACACUGGAACAACUGGAAGACACGGACGAAAAUUCCACACUCAGAGUGUGGGAUAUGGAUGCUGAGGACUCCAAUAGUUGUCCCGUGCAUCUUGAGGACUCGGAAUUUCCAGCUAAAUCACAAGUGACAGCAACCACGACCGCACCUUACCGCUGCGUUUCCGAUGACCCGGGUGAUGAGAGUGAAAAUGAACGUGAUCAACUUGCAGUAUGUGACUGUCUUCUGGCGUUGUAUGAUCCGGAAUCAUCCAAAGAUAUGGGAACUACGGAUAUGCAGAUUCAUCUGAACAACUAUUACCAAUUACAAGUGAAUACCGAACUUCCACGGGCGUGCGAAGUUAUCUUCCAGCCGAGUUUCAUGGGUACUUCAGAAGCUGGACUUGGUGAAUGCUUCGGAUUUGUUCUACGUGGUGUCGCCCAACACUACGGUAGCGCCCCACAAGCGGAACCGAAAUCGUUCUGGCCUCGUCGACUUUUCCUCACUGGUGGGCUCGCCACUCUUCCAGGUCUGGCCGGUCGCAUCUACACUGAGCUGCGUUCAUUACUGCCAUUUGGACCAGAGUGCGACAACCUGGAGAUUCUUAUUGCAGGUUUAGACAAAGACCCGACUUUCGAAAGACAUGAGUAUUCCAAUAACCUAAUCCCCAUUAUCUAUAUUAUUAUGAACUCAACGAACUAA